UCCACAACAAUGUCUUCCAUUAAGAUUCAGUGUGUUUUGCUGGAGAACUGCCGGUGUGGUGAGUCUCCAGUAUGGGAGGAAGCGUCCAACUCUCUGCUCUUCGUAGAUAUUCCUACAAGAAAGGUUUGCCGGUGGGACUCGCUCACCAAACAAGUUCAGCGAAUGUCUGUGGAUGCCCCAGUCAGCUCUGUGGCCCUCCGCCAGUCAGGAGGCUACGUCGCCACCAUCGGAACAAAGUUCUGUGCUUUGAACUGGGAAGAUCAAUCUGCAGUUGUCCUGGCCACAGUGGAUAAAGACAAGAAAAACAAUCGAUUCAAUGACGGGAAGGUGGAUCCUGCCGGGAGAUACUUUGCUGGCACCAUGGCUGAGGAAACAGCUCCGGCAGUUCUUGAGCGGCACCAAGGAUCCCUGUACUCCCUCUUUCCUGACCACCACGUGCAAAAGUACUUUGACCAGGUGGACAUCUCCAAUGGUUUGGAUUGGUCCCUAGACCACAAAGUUUUCUAUUACAUCGACAGCCUGUCCUACUCUGUGGAUGCCUUUGACUAUGACCUGCAGACAGGGCAGAUAUCCAACCGCAGGAGUAUUUACAAGCUGGAGAAAGAGGAACAAAUCCCAGAUGGAAUGUGUAUUGAUGCUGAGGGGAAGCUCUGGGUGGCCUGCUACAAUGGAGGAAGAGUGAUUCGUGUAGAUCCUCAGACAGGGAAACGACUCCAAACUGUGAAGUUGCCUGUUGAUAAAACAACUUCGUGCUGCUUUGGAGGGAAGGACUACUCUGAAAUGUAUGUGACCUGUGCCCGGGAUGGGAUUGCCCCCCAGAGUCUUUUGAGGCAGCCUGAAGCUGGUGGAAUUUUCAAGAUAACUGGCCUGGGGGUCAAAGGAAUUGCCCCCUUUUCCUAUACAGGAUGAGGACAGGUCUUCUUUCCUGCCAGAGGAAGCUUUGAAGACAACUAGAGAAUUCUAGGACUGAAAUUUCAAUCUAGGUAGAAACAAAAAUGAAGCGAUGAUAUUACUGACAAGGUUAAAAUUUAAUUUAUAAUUUUUAAAAUGUAGGGCAUUUUAACAAAGGGUCACAGUGGUUUUGAUAACACACUGUAAAGCCUUCUAUGAAAGGUACUAGAGAAAUACAAAGAAUUGUUUAUCAGUCAGCCUCUUGAUGUUUUGCAAAUUCCUGGGGUGAGGAGGACAUAGCUUUUCUUUAUUCUGCAUUUCAUAUUUACUGUACCUAAAAUUUCAAAGAACUUAAUAAAUAGUAACCUGGUAAUAACCUACUA